UAAAGAUAUCUUGUUUGUCAACCGACGUUGUGUAUUUUGUUUAUGCUUUUGCAUCAUGGAAUAUCCAAAAUUUCCUUCGGAAGGCUCUAUAGAUGGAAUAGACAGCUUGGAUAAAGCAAGCACACGUUCAGAAGAAGAAGAAGAAUGCUUCACAGGCUUUGGCAAACAAACUAAACAUUCCCUCCCUCCAGGGAGUGCUCAAGGAAAGGCAAACUUGUUGAAAAAGGAUGAAAGAGUCUUUGAUUUUCCAGAAACACUUUUUACAUGUGUUUCUAAUGAAGAAAAUAUAGCUUAUGACUCAAGAAUUUUAGAUAUACAACACUUUGAUUGUGAAAACUUGUCAAAUAUUAGUGGUCUUGUAGAGUUUUUAAAUGGUACGACAGAGAGAGAUGAAAACAGAGAAAUAUUUGGCAAUAUGAAGAGAAUUGCUUGUCCUCUGAUGCAGAACAAAACAUUCUUAUUUCAUCACUUAGGAGACAACUCAUUGUGCAUUCAACAGUAUAGAGAACAGGAUGAUAAAUUCUUCACCUUAGAUAGCACAUCUUCCUUUGAUUCUCAAGGUUCUGUGGAAGGAAAGAAUAAUGGCAGUAGCAAUAGGGAUAGCAUAAGUUCUCUCAAUUCUUCCUUAGGUAUUUUAAACACUUCACAGUUGUCAUCAAUCAGUUUGGAAGGAAUGGCAGGUGGAAAUACUAGCAGAGACUCCAUUGAUUUACUAAAUGAACUAGAAGAACUUAGUUUUCAGAACAAAAAACUUCAAGCUGAAAAUGGAAGAUUGAAGAUGCAGAUAUCUCAAAGUGAAGAAACUACCAGUCAGCUGAUGAAUGACAAUGAUGAACUGAAAUUGAAACUCAACAGCUUUCAAAUUAUACUUGACAAAAGCAAAUAUUUGGAAAGAGAACAUGAGGAGAUUAAAUCCAUUUUGGAGCAAGGGGAAAACACAAAAACUGAACUGGAGAAAAAUAUAGCAAAUCUACAGAAAGAAAACAGCCAUUUAACCUCACAGAUUAAAGACUUGGAACAGGAGCUUAUGAUGACUUACUCAGCAGUAGAAAAUUAUAUGAAAGAAGGGGAACUUACAACAAUGCUAAAAGAUCAAAUUGAAGAAGUAACACGUCAAAAAGAUCUGUGCAAAACAGAAUUGGAUGAGAAAACUAGACUUUAUGAAGAACUAGAGCAAGUGGUGAGAGAAUAUGCAAAAACUACUGAGGUUCUUCAGCAGGAAAAAAAUGUUCUUGAGGUACAACUUUAUAAAGCUCAAGGAGAAAUAGAGAGUAUAGCUGAAGCUGUAGGUGUAGAUUAUCACUGGAAUGUCGAAGAUAUAGAUGAGGAGCUAGAUAGUUGUGAUACAGAAGAUUUAGUGGAUGAUAUUCCAGCUCCUUAUAAUGCAUCUUUAACUAAAAGCCUUAAAUCACAAAAGAUUAUUUCUCGCUUUUUUAAAAAACAACCUUUUUACUCGAGUACACCAUUUCGACAACAAGUGUUGAAAAGUGCAUCCAUUUGUGCUGAAAUGAAAGACUUGAUCUGUGAAAAUGAUAGUUUACCAACUCCCAUUUGUGGAAAGGAAAUACAUUUUCUUUCAUGUAAUGAAGGAGCUGAAUCACCUUUACCAUGUUUGAAAUCUCCUGAUAAAAAGCUUACAUUAGUUAAACAAGAAAAAUUCAAGAAUACAUCAUCUGCUUAUUAUGAAGAACCACUUUCAAGAAACAAAGAACAAGAGAAAGUUAGAUUAGAAAGAGUAAUGUUUGUGGAUCCUGAUGUAGAAGACUCCGAAGAAAAAAAAUAUGUAAAAUCUCCAUCAUCUCUUCAAGCCAAUUUCUCUGAAGACCAAAUUCACAUUAAACCUGAACUGAAAAAGAAUCCAGACAAUAAGAUUAUGUAUGGAAACAAUCAAAAGCUUAUGGAGAUUUUCCAUAAAGAAGUUCUUCGUGUGAAAAAGAUUUUGGAAAGUCUUCAAGCUGAAGCAGCAAGAUUCCUUGGAGUCUACCAAGACUAUCCUCUGGAGAAAAAACAGCAACCUGUCACAGCUAAAGAAAUAGCUGCAUCAUUAGAUAUACUUACAACAGAAAUUGAAGAGGUUGAAGCUGUUCUUGCUUAUCUGACAGAAGAUAUUUUCCAAACAAGAAUGCCUAAUCAAAAAGCAACUUUACAAAACAAAAGAUUUUCUAAUGAUGGAACAGGAACUAACCUUUAUUGGAGAGACCUAGAUGAUGCACAUUUUAAUAUUUGUAAAAACAGAAAUAGGAUUUUUCCAGUUUCUACAAGCCAAACUUCUAGUCCUUUGCAUCAUGCACAUUCAACUGCUUAUUCAUGUCCCACAAUACCCAGUGAAACUCCUGUUGUUACAAAAUCAACCCAAACAGAGCCAUUGGUAGCUAAGUUAUCAUAUGAUAAUCAGUUAUCAAACUGGAUGUGCCAAAAUGAGGAUGUGCAGGAAAAAACUUCUUUAUGUGCUUUGUCAGAGAAGGUGCCGGAACAUCACAUAGGGAUAUUCAAUAAUAUUCAUGGAUACAAAAAUAAUGUUCCUCCUCGUACAUCAUUCGUCUACAGAAAUCGAAGUUUCACUUUCCCUUCAGUAGAAGGCAGAAACAGUUUACCAUAUUGUGAAGACAAAAUUAGUGCUAAGAAUGUAGAUUGUAAUGAAACUUCUAAAAAAUAUUCUCAGAAAGCAAAAAAUUUCCAACCAGUUCCAACAAAACUAGAUGACAUAAGGUGGAUCCAGAAUUCUAGAGAUGGCAGUGAACCAUUCAAUAAAGAAGUUAGGUUUUAUGAAGAUCUCAAGGGAAGUUCUGGACUAAUGUAUGUAAUAACAAAACAACCUGAAAGAAAAUCAAAGGUUAAUGUGGUCAAGAAGAAAAAAAAAGCCAGAAAGGAGAAACAUAAGAAGAGAAAUAACAUUUCUAGAAACAAGAACAUCAUACCUGAUUGUAUGGAAAUGUCGGAGAAAGGCAGUGCUAGUAUGGAGAGUGAAGCUACUGAUCUUACUUGCUCAAAUGUAAUCAUUUCACCAAAAACUAACAAUGAUUCUGUAUUUCCCAGUGUUCCUGACAGCUUCUUAAAACAUUUAGGGCUGCACAAGGAAAUUCCUUAUAGGUAUAGUAUUUCUUAGAUGAAAAAAUAAACGUAUUUGUAUAGAAGAAGUUGA